AUGGCUGAUCAGGUAGAGACAACAGACGUGCUGAUUUGCGGAUGCGGUCCGACUGGGGCAAUGUUAUCGGCCUAUCUAGGACAGUUGGGUGUGGCCAACGUCAUUGUCGAAAAAGAAGCAGGCAUCACGACUGAUCCGCGUGGUAUUGCUCUCGAUGAUGACGGAAUUCGAUUGGUUCAGGGCCUUGGAUUGUACGAGCACGUAUUCACAGAGAUCGGGUCCAGCUUGUCUAAAAUCAAUUUCCUUGGUGGAACGCAUCAAAACUUAGAUGCAACCCCAUUUCUUACUUUUGAUGCAGGCUCGAGCGAAGGAAUGACUGGACAUGUCGGCGUUCUUGCACACCGACAGCCUAUUCUUGAAAAGUAUCUUAGGAAAGCAGUGAACAAAGCAGAAACAAGUGAAUUGAGAAGCAACUGCACUGUGACUUCGAUAUCCGAAGAUGCAGACUGGGUCUAUGUGACAUAUGACGACUCUGGGACACAAAAGAAGAUCCGCGCAAAGUUCCUGGCUGCGGCAGAUGGGAAAACAGGCUUUACUCGCAAGAAAUAUUUGGAGCCCAAAGGUGUGAAACUGGAAUGGGCUGAACAAACCAAAUAUCAGGAGACUUGGAUUGCGCUCAACUGGAAGCUAAGUCUCCCUACAAAAGAAACCCACCCUUCAUUUCCGCUAUGGAAACUCGGAUACACCCCUCAACAAGUCUACGACACCUUCUUUCCAGAAGAUUUUCGCUUCCUGUGCAACCCUGAUAGGCCAGCGGUAUGUGGUCGAUUCGGUCGCCCCGAAGAUCGACAUUGGCGAUUCGAAUUUGUCGUUGCGAAAGACGAAGAUGGCAUGGAGAUGGCAGGGGAAGAGAAAAUCCGCCAAGUGGUGUACCCGUACUUGACCCACCCAGGGCGACGUUAUGGGCUGAGGGAAGACGUUUCAUUCCCCGAAGACUGUAUCGAAGUUCUCCGAUCUCGGCCAUUUAGCUUCUCUGCAAGAAGCUGCAAUAAGUGGGCACUCGGCCGCGUGAUUCUUUGUGGUGAUGCAGCCCAUGUCUUCCCGCCAUUCGGAGGACAAGGAAUCGCAUCUGGGUUUCGAGACGCUAUUGCGCUCUCCUGGCGCCUUGCUAUAGCAUGCUUACCCGAAUCCAAGGUAGACUACAACCGUCUCCUCGAAGGCUGGUAUCUCGAAAGAAAACAGCAACUGGACAAAUCGCUCGCAACCACCGUCCGAAACGGUGACAUGGUCAACGGAAAUGGCCGCGUACAGAGCUUCCUCCGCGAUUGGGGUUUACGGUUGUUGCAGUUCGUGCCUUCCUGGAAGCAUAAGAUCGAACGCGGUCCUCGAGGCGAGGGUGCCACUCGGUACGUUCAUUCGCCCGGUAUGCCUUUCAUGCCAGAGCUUGAUGGAGGAGCGUAUUUUCCCCAGACAUAUUGCAUCGGACUCCAGCGAGAUUCAGUCGUGCAAUUUACCGAUGAUGUCAUUUUUGCCAGUAGGGGGGAACCUUUUAAGAUUGUCGUUCUACUGGACAAUCCUUCUGAGUUUGAUGCUGCGACACGCGAUCUCGAUGGAUUGAAUAGAUCCAGAGGUUUGUCGCAGGGGGAAACCACAUUUUUCGUACCCCGUGCCAAGUGCACUGGCAUUCUUGAUCAGGUACCUGGAGACGAAUGCCAGCGUCGGUUGUUCCGAACUGCUAGUGCUGAUGAAUUCAGCCAAUCGCCUUUGUGUACUUCACGGCCAGCUCCAUACGGUUAUGAUGAAUCGCUUAUGUUCAAAACCGGCAAACGUUAUGUGAUAUUGAGAUUUGACCGGUUCGUUUACGCCCUUUGUGAUACCAAAGCCGAGUUGGAGAAGGCCGCCACGCAGAUAUCCGAGAUGUUUUGA